AUGUCAAACACACUACUACUUCUCUGCGUAGUCGGUCUAGCAGUAUCGAUACCCCUGGAUGACGUCACCCAAUCACAAUGCGGAUAUGAGAGCUGUCCAAAACUGAGUAAAGAUGUGCUGAACGUCCACAUCGUACCGCACACCCACGACGAUGUGGGCUGGCUUAAGACAGUGGAUCAGUACUACUAUGGGAGUAGAAAUUACAUACAGAAGGCUGGGGUCCAAUAUAUUCUGGACUCUGUGAUCAAAGAACUAUGGCAGGAUCCAAAGAGAAGAUUCAUUUACGUGGAGACAGCGUUCUUCUGGAUGUGGUGGACGCGCCAGGGGGAUGAUGUGCGUCACAAAGUUCACACCCUGGUCCGCCAAGGUAGGCUGCAGUUCGUUGGGGGGGCGUGGAGUAUGAACGAUGAAGCGGCUUCCCACUACCAGAGCACUGUGGAUCAGUUCACUUGGGGAUUGAAAAAACUGAACGAAACAUUCGGCCCCUGUGGGAUCCCACGCGUGGGAUGGCAGAUAGACCCGUUCGGUCACUCUCGGGAAUUCGCCUCCUUACUAGCAGCGAUGGGAUACGACGGACUAUUCCUAGGCAGGAUAGACUACCAGGAUAAAAAGGCUAGGCUUAGGAUGAAGAAUAUGGAGAUGCUCUGGAGGGGGGAUGAUGACUUAGGUUACACUUCAGACAUAUUCACUGGCGUCCUCUAUAACACGUACUCGCCCCCACCUGGGUUCUGUUUCGACGUUCUUUGCAACGACGAACCCAUUAUCGACGACCCCAACUCCCCCAUGUAUAACGUCGACGAACGGGUCGACGAUUUCCUAAAAUAUAUUAACGAGCAGAGGAAGUCAUACAGAACCAAUAAUGUUAUAGUGACGAUGGGGGGAGACUUUACCUACCAGGACGCGACCAUGUGGUACAAAAACUUAGACAAACUGAUCGAAUAUACAAAUUUGAAAACGGCUAAAGAUGGUAUUCGCAUUAAGUUAUUCUAUUCGACACCAGAUUGUUACUUGAAAGCGGUUAAUGAUUCGCAACCGACUUUACCGAUAAAACAAGACGAUUUCUUCCCGUACGCGAGCGACCCCACCGCGUACUGGACUGGGUACUUUACCUCUCGUCCCACCACUAAGUACUUCGAGCGGCAGGGCAACGAUUAUUUACAGAUGGUGAAGCAUUUACAAGUACUCGGUGGUCUCGAGGAGCACAAUCGCUUUGUAUUAAAUGAGUUGAAGAGCGCUAUGGGAGUGAUGCAGCAUCACGACGCCAUCACAGGCACGGAGAAGGAACACGUCGCUCACGACUACGAGCGGCUGCUCGACGCUGCGAUAGAGGACUCUCUCAUCAUCGCCCGGCAGGCCUUCAAUAAAAUCGCUCAGAACUCGCCUUUGAAGCCGGCCCUGUUCAGCUACGACAGAUGUCGCUUCAACGAGUCGAGCUGCCCCACCAGCGAGGCCAGCGAGAAGUUUGUGUUAACAAUAUACAAUCCGGUUGGUUGGAAUGUGAUGGAACCGAUCCACGUUCCAGUUUUGGAGGGGCAGUAUGAAGUGUACGCACCCAAUGGGGAUAAAAUAACAUCGCAAUUGAUAGAUAUACCGGCGCCGGUCAGGAACAUACCAACCAGGAAAUCGAACGCGACACACGAAUUGGUGUUCAUAGCGAAACUGCACCCUCUGGGCGUCAAACAGUUCUACGUCAAAAAGAUUACUAAGAUCACCAAGAUCACGAAACGAGACGUCAUGAAGACGAAUGAUUACUACGGUAAUAUAAAUGAUUACUGGAAGAACUUACACGAUAAUUUCGUCGAAAUACAUAAUUUGGAUGAUUUUGAUAAGACGUUCAAGUCUGAACAGAUCCCUUUACCCAUACCCAAGACUGAUUCCAAAGUUGACAUGAAUAAAGAUAUUAAUAUUGAUAUAUUGAAGGAUAGAACAGAUAAUAUCUACGUUGGUGAUUUGGAGAAGAUUAUGAAAGAAGUCAGAACGGAGAACAGGAGGGAGAGGAAAGCAGAGAAGAUUAGUUAUCCGAGUUUGAAUGAAGAGGAGAUGAGAAUGUUGGCGGACGAGUCGAUGGUUGUGGAGCGGUCUUACGAGGACUAUUUAGAAAAUGAGUACAUGAAGAUAAGGGUGGACAAUACCGGAGUAACACACAUGAUACUGCCAGACCGAACCACGAACCUGAAGGUACAGAUGUACUACUGGACCGGUUGCUAUGGAAACAACACUGACACGACCUUCAGGUCAUCCGGGGCUUAUAUCUUCAGACCGCAGACCACACAACCCUACCCCAUGACGUACAGGAUCACAGGAACUAUCAAGGGACCUGUUCUCCAAGAAUUCAGGGCAGAAGCAAAGGAAAAUGCAGCAAGCGUGUUAAGGGUUUAUAAUGGUUUGAAUUAUUUUGUCCACGAUUUCGUUGUGGGACCCAUCCCCGUUGAAGACAAAGUCGGGAAGGAGUACGUAGUCAGGUAUGAAACUAAUGUGGUUAAUAACGGGGAGUUUUAUACAGAUUCGAAUGGAAGGCAGAUGCUUAAGAGGAAAUUGAACGAGAGACCGCAGUGGAACUUGACUCUGGAAGAACCGGUAGCGGGUAAUUAUUACCCGGUUACAAAUAAAAUAUCUAUCGAAGAUAACAAUACGAGAAUAUCAAUUUUGACCGAUAGAUCUGAAGGGGGGACGUCUUUGGAGGAAGGUGAUUUAGAACUGAUGUUACAUAGGAGGUUGUUACAUGACGACGCCUUCGGUGUAGGGGAGGCUUUGAAUGAAACAGCUGGUGGUGUGGGUCUGGUGAUGCGAGGGACUCAUAAAUUACUAAAUUUAGACCCUAGAAAUCAGCAAGAAGUAGAAGAGAAGAAGCUGCUCCUGCAAACACAUUUGAAGCCUAUAGUAUUUGUAUCUGAUGCUGAAAAUGUCGAUUACGAAACUUGGUCAAAAUUAAAUAAUUGCUUUAAAGGUAUGAAAGAAUUACCAAACGGUUUACAUUUAUUAACUCUGGAACCUUGGGAUACGAAUUCGUUACUGAUAAGAAUUGAAAAUUAUUUAGAUAAAUCUGACACGUCAACUGUUAGAUUAGAUUUGAGUGAUUUAUUCAAUAAUAUCAAAAUUAAAUCAAUUAAGGAAACGACAUUGGCAGCUAAUCAAUGGUUGAAGAGAGAUGAGAAAACUAUGCGGUGGACUACAGAGAGUGAUUUUGCUAAAAGUUUCAAUCUGGAGUACAAUAACUUUAAUUAUGUACCGCGUGCUAAUAAUUAUAUUGAUGAAGUUGGAGAUCAAGGACUGAAUAUUGGGAUAAGGGCUAAGCAAAUUCGAACAUUUGUUGCUGAAUAUGAUAUGGUUUAAUGUUUAUCACAAUGUAUAUAACGAUAUAAUAAAUUUAUUUUAGUCAAA